UCCACGCUGCACGUCCCGUCCUCCGCCUGCACGCCAAUGGCGCCCUCACCGCCAAGCACCACAUGCCUUCACUGCCACCGUCCAUUCUUCCGACUUCUAGUCCUCGUGCUUGCAGGAAUCCGGCCCGCAUCGUCGCAGUUCAUCUUCACGCCGCCGACGGCCGGCGCGACCUUCGUUUGGGCGUCAACCCCGCCCCCGCCCCCGCCGCCAGUUGCCGGAGGACUUGGCAGCGGGACCUUCAACAUUGCCACCUCGAUCCUCUUUGUAGGCGUGAUCGUGGCGCUCUUCUUGGUCGGCUUCUUCUCCGCGUACCUCCGCCGCUGUGCGGACGCCGCCACGGGCGCGCGCCGAGGUGGGGCCGCCGCGAACGCCAACGCAGCCGUCGCGGCCGCUGCGGCGGCCGCAUUCUCGUCCGCGGUUAGCCGUAGCAGGAGGCGUCCCGGGCUCGACGUCGCCGCGAUGGAGGCGCUGCCGGUGCUGACGUACGCGAGGGCGAGGGCGGUCAAGGCCGGCCGCGGGGCUCUGGAGUGCGCGGUGUGCCUCGCCGAGUUCGCCGACGACGGGGAGAAGCUCCGUCUCCUCCCCGGGUGCUGCCAUGUCUUCCACGCGGCGUGCAUCGACGUGUGGCUCGCGGCGCACGUCACCUGCCCAGUCUGCCGAGCCGACUUGGCCGACCCGGCCGUCGCCGCCGCCGGCCACGUCCUAGCGGCUGACCUCGCUGCCCAGGUAGAAACGUCCAACGACACGGUGAUCAACGUCGAGACUCCCGAUCCAGCACCAGUUGAAGAUGCCGCGUCUGAUCAGCAGCAGGCAGAGACGGCGGAGGAGCGCGUGGAUAGGUUCACGCUGCGGCUGCCGGAGAGGCUGAGGAGGGAGAUCGAGGAGGCGAAGCGGCUCCGCAGAGCGAUGAGCGCGGUGACCGCCGCGGCAGCGGCGAGCACAUCAAGCGAGCGGUGGGUGCCGUCGGCGUUACGGACAAUGUCGGCAGCGCGUCCUAGCGGUCGAUGGUCGGCGCUGUUCCGCGCGUUGUCGGGACCACACCGAAGCGAGCUGGGCGGCAGCAGUCGGAGGGUGGCGCCGCUGCAAACUCGCGCCGCCAGCGAUGACGCGGUGGAGGUGGUGGUGGUGCAGGACGACGCCGGGCAAGCGGAGAAAUACUAUGCGCACAGCCUCACGUUCGCCGGGUUCGUCAUUGACGGUGACGUCGCAGCUGGCGACUGGAACCCGGAGGUCUUCCAGAUCUCUUCUGCCGUCCCGGUGGCGGCGACGUCGAUCGCAGCGGUGAAGCCAAGGGAACACAUUUAGUUGAUUUUUGU